GAUGAUAAUAGUGGUGGAGACGAAGGAGAAGAAGGUGAGUAACUCCGGUGGAAGGAGCGGUCUUCUCCUCUAGGAGACUAGGGCCUCGGGGGUGGAUUUUUUCCCACCCCGUCAAGGCCUUUAGACAUGUCGAACUGGGGUUGAAUUGGUCCAAGAAUGACGUGGUGGACCUGGUUCAACCAAGUUUUUGGGAGGGAGGCAAAAAAAACUCACUCAGAUUUUUUUUUUCCCCCCUCUCUGUCGAUCGCUCGCUCCCCCUCCCUUUCUCUCUCCUGCGUGCGUGUUCGGCAUCUCCUUCGGGCAUUCGAUCCGAAGAUCUCAGCAAUCCAAGAUCGAUGCUUGCUGUCUGGUUUGAUCCCUUGUUCUCUUUGAUUUCUGUCUAUAUUUCUCUUCCAGGGUUGCAAAUUUGCUCAUGAUCUGGAUUCGGUUAUUUUAAUUUCGAUACGCUUUUUUUUUAAAUAAUUUUGGGAUCCUCAAUCUCUGGAUUCUUGUAGAAUUAUAGUGAUUUUUGUUUUGGCUGAAAAAAGAUUUCUUAUUUCCGUGGUUAUUCAGUCGGUAUCGAACCAAGAAACACUUUUCUUGAUGAUUCUAGGGAUUAGUUCUUCAAUCCCAGCGCUUCAUGCGUCUCUCUCAGAUCUUUCCAAUUCUAGGACGAUCUUCUAUCGGAGCUUUAGGUCAUUCUCAUGUGUGCAUAUCUUAACAUCUUGUCCAAAUAGAGAUGACUAUAAACACUCAUAUAUAUAAGCUGUCAAGAUAAAUUUUAACAUGCUGGCCACACUUAAUGCCCCGGUGUUCUUGAGACUAAAUCUAAUUAUUGCUAGAUUCAACAGCAAAGCAAGUGAACCACUUUUUUUUUGACAAAAGAACUAUUUGAUCGAAAUAGGCUUUUUUCACUUGAUUGUUGCCUGUUGGAGACUGAUCAAUUAUCCUUCUCUUGAAGGCUGGCUAUUUAGCCUUGAAUAGAGCACAAAGCAGAUAUUGGUUUUUUCCAUAGGAAGUUUCAACAUGGAUUUGAAAGGGUACUAGCUCUUCUAGAUGUUGAAUUCAACUUGCUUGACCAUCUUACACUAAUUUUUUUUGCCAACAAUACUUGGACUUCAUUUGCUUGUUCUUGCAUGUUGUUUGGGCUAACUUUUCACCCGUGGAUCUUCUCUUGAAUCCUAAAAUUUAUAAAUGAGUUAAAUCCUCCCAUGUCUAGGCGUUGACAACCAUCACGAGAGAAGGGUCUGGUUGGAGGAUAAGACAAUCGCUAAUUGCAUAAACUGAUUCUUUGACCAAGUGUUGUGGUAUGACUGGUCAAAGCAGCUAUUGAUUUUUUCCAUUGGAAGUUUUGACAUUGGACUUAAAGAGGGUACUACAUCUUCAAGACAACUAGAUUUUUAUAAUUCACCUUGCUUGACUGUCUUAUACUAGCUUUUUCCAACAUUACUUGGACUUCAUUUGUUUGCUCAGUGAAUCUUCUCAUGAACCCUAAAACUAUGAAUGACUUGAAUCCUCUCAUAUCUAGGCCAUCCAUCACAAGAGAGAAGGGUUUGGUCGGAGGGUAAAACAAUCAUUGCACAAACUGAUUCUUUGACCAAGUGUAACAGUAUGACCGGUAAAGAUUGAAAAGAGAGGGUGGGAAAGAAAAAAAAAUUGCGAGCAACGACUUGAAUCUCUAAAACAUGUCAUAGUAGACAAAGAAUCGAUGGGCCAGGAAAAGAAAUUUAAUCCUUCCUUUUGAUGAAUUGAAAUUUGAAUGGCUUCAAAAUAAUCUAUAAAGAAGCUGCAGCCACUUCCUCUUAUUUAGAUAUAUUUACAUAGGCAGGCUGGUUUCUGUUGCAUGCUUCUGCCCCCAUGGAUACUGAGAUAAGGCCAUGUUCCUCUCUUUCUAUUUUUCUUCUCUUCUUUCUCUUCUCUUCUCUCAACAUGCAACACUGUGGAGCGACUCAUAGCAUCUCUUUGGGCCAGGCCCUCUCUGGAAACCAGACCAUAGUGUCCAAAGAAGGUAACUUUGAGCUGGGGUUCUUCACACCAGGUAACUCUCGUAACUACUACAUAGGCAUCUGGUACAAAACAAUUCCAGUUCAAACUGUAAUCUGGGUGGCAAACAGAGCAACACCCAUCUCCAACAUCUCCUCUGCCGAGUUAAAAAUCUCAGAGGAUGGCAAACUAGUCCUCCUCAGCAGUUCCAAAGUCCCAGUUUGGUCAUCCAAUUCAACUCCAUCAACCUUGAAUUCCACGGUUGCAGUGCUUCUUGACACUGGAAAUCUCGUUAUACGGAAUGGGUCAAACACUACAAUUUGGCAGAGUUUUGAUCACCCAACUGACACCGUCAUGCCAGGAGGAUGGCUUGGACUUAACAAGAUCACAGGGGAGCAUCAGACAAUCACUUCAUGGGAGAAUCCUGAGAACCCUGCCCCCGGGCCUUUCACCGAAAGUAUGGACCCUGAUGGAGCCAAUCAGUUUGUUUUGCUGUGGAAUGGUUCUGAAAUUUAUUGGCGAAGUGGGCUUUGGAAUGGCCUGUACUACCCUUCAAUCCCUGGUACCAGAUCAAGCCCUCUCGUGAAGUUCACCUUCGUCAACGACAAGCAGCGGAAUUGUGCCAUAUAUACCAUCCUCGACAGUUCUUUCAUCACUCGCACUGUGAUUGAUUCAUCUGGGCUAUUAAGGCAAUGGUUUUGGGUGCAGAGCACGCAGGAGUGGCAGACAUUCUUUACCGAACCUUUGGCUCAAUGUGAUGUCUACUCUCUAUGUGGAGCUUUUGGAAUCUGCGACCAGGAAAGCUCGAAUAUUUGCAGGUGCUCCUAUGGUUUCGAACCAGCUUCAAUGAAAGAAUGGCAGUUCAAUGUUUGGAGCUCAGGGUGCGUGAGGAAAACCAGUUUGCGAUGCAGUAAUAAAAGCUCGGCCGGUGAAGAAGGGGAUAGAUUCCUUGAGAUGACCAAUAUGAGAUUGCCUGCCAAUGCACAGAACUUGACUCUUGGGAGUGCUCAAGACUGUGAACAGUUUUGCUUGAACAACUGCUCCUGUAAUGCAUAUGCUUAUGUGGGUGGAUGCUCAAUUUGGGCUGGUGACCUUCGGAACCUAGAACAACUCUAUGAUGCUGAUAGUGGAGGCGGUACUCUUUAUAUCCGGGCUGUUAUUCAACAUGUCAAUGUUGUUCGCCUUCGUGGUUUCUGCUCCAAGGGCAGCAAAAGGCUUCUAGUCUAUGAGUACAUGUCAGGAGGUUCCCUGGACUUUCAUCUCUUUCAAAACAAUUCCACAGUUCUAGGAUGGAAGAUGAGGUAUCAAAUUAUUCUUGGGAUUGCGAGAGGGUUGGCUUACCUCCAUGAGAAGUGCAGGGAGUGCAUCAUACACUGCGACAUAAAGCCAGACAAUGUUCUUCUCGACAGGGACUUCCGUGCCAAAGUUGCAGACUUUGGGAUGGCGAAGCUCAUCGGUCAUGACUUCAGCAGGGUGCUGACAACCAUGAGGGGAACCAUUGGCUAUCUCGCACCUGAGUGGAUUUCGGGCCUGCCAAUCACCUCCAAGGUUGACGUCUACAGCUUCGGGAUGAUGCUCUUUGAGCUGAUAUCAGGCAAGCGAAAUGCAACACAGUCUGAGGAUGGGAGCAAAGUCUUUUUUCCAUACUUGGCGGCAACAAAGGUCAUUGAAGGCGAUAUAUUUAGCUUAUUGGACCAUAGAUUGAGUGGUGUUGCUGAUAUUGAAGAGGUAACCAGAGUCUGUAGACUCGCUUGCUGGUGCAUUCAAGAGUCUGAAGGUCACAGGCCAACAAUGGGACUGGUGGUGCAGAUCCUAGAGGGAGUCCUGGAGGUGAGCAUGCCGCCACUUCCUAGGGCUCUUCAGCUUCUCACGCAAGAUCAGAGCCAAUGUUGUGAUCAUUUGUCAUCUAUUGAAUGCAAAGAUCCACCUGAUCAAUCUCUGGAUUUCUAUCAGUAGGUGUCAAGCUAUAAAGUGCACAUGAAUAUCUGCUGAGCAGGUCAAUAAUAUGUAAUAGGUUAAAGUAGAGCUUAUAGCUGUUACGAUCCUUAAGAUGGAUGUUCAUUUCAGGGUGUAAUGUUCUAUGGUGGCUGUAUUAUUCUUUUAGUGGCAUAAAGUUCAUGGAUAUAUCUUGUUAUAAAGAUAUGUUGGAUAUGUUAUAAAGUUUCCAACUCAUCACUUUCCAAGCAUGGGUUGUAAAGAUAUGAGAGAUACAUGAGCAAGAUGGCAACCAUUGGAUGUAUCUUUUGUCG